GAGGCGCGCGCCAUGGAACAGCGGUUAGCCGACUUCCGGGCGGCUCGGAAACGGGCCGGCCUGGCGGCCGAACCCAGCACUUCCAGCCGGAGCGCACACACCUCGGGAGAGAAGGCGGAAGCAACUGCGACUCCAAAGUCAGCCCCAGGUUGGCUAAAACGAUUCUUGGUGUGGAAACCGAGGCCCGCGGGUGCCGCGGCCCAGCCCAGCCUCGCUCAGGAAGCCGCUCCGCCUGGGAGCAGCAUGUCACAGCCCCCCCGGAGAACAGCCGUUCCCCCUCCACUGCCGCAGGACCAGUCCUUCCUGACCAGCAUCACCUUCCUGAAGGUUCUUCUCUGGUUGAUCCUGCUGGGACUGUUUGUGGAACUGGAAUUUGGCCUGGCUUAUUUCGUCCUGUCCUUGUUCUACUGGAUGUACGUUGGGAUGCGCGGCCCUGGGGAGAAGAAGGAGGGAGAGAAAAGCGCCUACUCCGUGUUCAACCCGGGCUGCGAGGCCAUCCAGGGCACCCUGACCGCAGAGCAGUUUGAGCGAGAGUUACAGCUUCGACCCCUGGCGGGGCGAUAGACCAGCUCGCUGUCACCAGCUAGCCUCUGCACGGCCUGGCCCUUGGCUGUGGACUUGUGGGUUCGUUCAGGUGCCCCAGACUAAGGACAGCUUUUGGGUUUGUCCUGUGACCUCACGAUUCUACCUGCUUCCCCUGAUCUGCUGCUGCAGUUCUAUCUUUGAACUUUUCUUUGGUUUUGAUGAAACCACCUGAAAGAGACUCACUGUGUGUCUGAAACAACUGAUAAGAGUACAUACUCGAGAGGAGAGCUGUUUGCCCCGUUAUUUUGGAGAGAUGGGUUCAGAGCCCUGGGAAGCGCCGAGAGCUAACUGAACCACCGCUGCCUGGUGCGUGGGCAGCUCCCAUCGGGACUGUUCAUUAGAAUAAAGGUCCCUAAGUCCUUUCAUAGUUACAGCAUCUGUUUUCCUGGAAAGUUUAAAUUACAAGUUUUGU